AUGGACCUCGAAUUGCAAAACAUUUUGCGCUCAGUCCGAGAUGGCGACCUGAUACUCAUCAACGGAGCUUCGAUCCCCUCCACUUGUUCACACUUCCGGCCAACAUAUUUGGAUCACCUCCUGGUCGUGGUCAACAACGCUGAGCGCAUUCGUCGUGGCGAAGACCCGUUCUUCGUCUUGGUGGCCCCAAUCAAUGCGCGAGAUGCUCGAGACCUCCUGUUACCAAACCAGCCAAUGAUCUGGUCGUUCAAUUAUAGCGUCCGCCGGGUACAGGCCUUGCCCAUCGAACAAUUUAUGCGGCGGGGCUUCUCCUCGGUCAUUCUCCGACCUAGUAUCGAAGUUUUGAGAGCCACGAUCUGGCAAGGCCAAUGCCCAUUCGAGUGCGACCGCGGAACAAUUCGCAUCACACCAAGGACUUCACGGGAGCUGGGUAUCUUUGUGAGCCAUGGCAGAGCUCUCGGCAACAGCUGGACCCUAUGUCCGUAUUGCAUGGAUCCUGAGCUCUUUCAAAACCACGAAGAGAUGGUUCAGAAUUGGAGUCGUAUCAGCAUGUUCAACAUCCAGCAGAUCCAUACCCACGUCCGCCAGGUCAAUCACCAACGCCGGCUCCUGCACUUCAGGCCAUUUCCGCUGAACAUCGACCUCCCAACACUUGCUUCCGGCACGCAGACUUACUUGGUCAUGCAAUACCAAGGAUCUGCCCAUCAGCACCCGCAUGCUGCGGAGAUAGGUUCUUCAGCUGGCCUUAUCUCCAAGCCUGCGAGCUACUUUAUGGUCACUGGAGUCAUGGUUCCUGGCGACGAUGACUGCGUGGUCUGUAAGGAUAUCUUCAACGAGAACGACCCCGUGGUUGAGCUUCCAUGCGGACACCGCUUCCACUGCGACUGCUUGGCGCCUUGGCUCGAUCAGGGCAACAGGACUUGUCCGACUUGCCGCGCCGUGGUGCCAGAAUGA